AUGCAGGGCAGCGCAAUCCAACGCGACUCGCCCACCGACGACUCGGUGCGAAGGGGCGACGAUCCACUGCCCCGACGACGAGGAGAGGAAACAGCACGCGACCAAGCUACGUCGCCCUCGAAGACCAUGCAACACUCACCAGCCAGAUCUACGGCGAAACGGUCACUCUCCUCGCCGCCGUCUUCGACGCAGCGGAAGAUGUCCCUGCAGUUCGAUCUCCCUCCUCUGCCCGACCUCGAGCUGCCCGGGCCGGCGUUGACGACACCGCUUCCCGCCCACACUCGUGAACGACCGAGGGCCAUCUCGACCAUAGACCGCAGGGCGAUGGCCAAACACAAUACCAACUUGACCCCCAUUAUCUCCACGCUCGCGUCGCCCCGCACUCGCUUCGAACUAUCUGCUUCCCCCUCGGCCCCGGUACCCAUGGGGUCCGCGAUCCCACUGCGACCGAUAUUAGCAAGCAAAACGACCGCACCGCGAUCACCAGGCCGAGAGGCCGACAUCACCGACUCCAUCUUCACCCACGAUGACGAUUACCGGUUGAAUGAGGGCGAGAGGCUGCCUCCCCAAUCGCCCAUGUUUGGCUUUGCUCCCCGCGACGACGAUGAGCCUCAUCCCGAACAUGCCCGAGGCGAUCCACCCGCCGACGGCCGAACCCCUCACCCUCUGUACACACCCGCACCAGCAAGAAGGAGGAGGAGGCGACGAGGGUCAAAGAGUGUCGCGUCGAAUCGAACGGGAAGGUCGAGUCGUUCAGGCCGGUCGGCGAGGUCGAGGGUCAAGUCGGCUUGGAGGACGGUCCGAAGAAAGGGAGGUCGCCGUCGUAGGAGCCGAUCUCGUGGCGGUGGUUCGUCUUCGUCUUCAUCUUCAUCCUCUUCUUCGUCUUCUUCGUCUACAGCGUCGUCCGGUUCGACCAACUCAUCGACGGGUAGCGGUUCCUCGUCUCGCUCCUCUUCGACGUGGGGCGGUUGGCGCUUCUGGCGCAACUCGUCAUCCGGCUCGUCGUCCUCUUCCGACUCUGACUCUGACUCGGAGUGGGAGCCUCCCACUCCCCACUUCACUUUGUUGACGCCAUGCUUAAGCCACUCGGAACCUCUCGCAUAUCCUUCGCAUCUCAUGCCCAACGCUGUCAACGCUUCGGCUUCCACACCCGCAACCCCUUCGGCUCCCACCGCACCUCAUGCGCCUGGCUUUGACCUUCUCACAACCUCGACUUUGGCUCCUGUACUUGGGAGGCUGCGACAGUUCUGGGCCGAGCGACAACAGGAGGACAUGGCUUCAGGCGAUCUUGGUGUCGGGGCUUUGUCCACGCUGGGCACCAAAGACGAAGAAUCCUACUUUCCUGACGUUAAUGAGCCUCGACUGUCCCCGCCGCCACGGGCCAAUACCCUUGGUGCAAGCAGUGCAUCGACACCUGCUGUAACUCCCACUGCCACGCCUGGGAUUGCGACCGGUGGCAAGAAUGGGCGUCGCGGGGCGCUUGCGACAGAACGUCGACUGGGCAAAGCCGGCAAAGGUGAAGAAGGACCGGCCUGGUGGCUCGACGUCAUGUGCCCGACCGUGGCCGACAUGCGCGAACUGAGGAAAGUGCUCCCCUUGCAUCCCUUGACGAUGGAGGAUAUUCUUCACCAGGAUACUAGGGAGAAGGUCGAGAACUUUGCCGCGCUUGACUAUUACCUCAUCGUGUUUCGUGCCCUCGACGAGUCUUACUUCCGCUACCAUUCGCCCGACCCUGCGCUUGACGCUACGGGCUCACCACAAGCGACGGCGCCGACCUGGUCUGAGGCGGACGGGGCCAGCGAUCGAGAACGACACGGCAGUCAGUUGCCUGGAUCGAGCCCCGGUGGGAGGGGUAGGGUCGAGAUCGUCGAGGGUGUAGGUGGCAAGGAAGGUGUCGAAGGCGUCAGUGUCGGCGCCAUCAACAUGUACCUCAUCGUCUUUCCGGAUGGCAUCCUCACGGUGAGUGCUGGGCGUUACUCGAUUUGCUGGUUCGUUGAACUGACAUGAGGUGCUGACCGGUCUGAACCUCGCAGUUCCACUUUGAAGACAUUACCAAACAUCUCGAAAGAGUGCAGGGCAAGCUUCAGCAGUUUGGCCGCUCGCGAAACUUUUCAUCUCGUGAGUAAAGCAAUAUAUCUCUCGAUCGGACAACCAUCACUCACUCCGGCUUUCUCGACCGAGUCACAGACUGGAUCGCUUAUGGUCUUAUGGAUUCCAUCGUCGACGCCUUCUUCCCGCUCAUCGACUUCAUCGAGGGUGAAUCGAACGAAGUCGACACCUUCCUCGCGGAUCCACUCAACCCCUACCGGUCUGCAAUCAGCCACUCGCACAAGCCUAUCCCUUCGGGCCUCGGGAGUGUCGACGGCCAGACCGUCUAUGAUGAUCAAGUUGUCGGUAUCAUCGUUGAGCCCGCGGUCGACGAAGAGAAGCUCAAGGGAUCUUCUCCCUCGAUCAGUGGAACGGGCGAGUCCGGUGUACCGAUGAAGAAGGCGACGAUCCGUCGCAAGACCCCGAGGACCGUUUUGAGCCAUUUCCCCUCGCUCUGGGUGCCUUCGCCGCUCGUGCGCAUCUUGCCCUCUCGAUGGGUGUCGACGACGGAUACGCCGACCGACUCGAUCAUGCUCGUCGAUGCCAAAGGCUUCCACCUCGCUUCCUUGGCAAAGAAGGAACCCCAGCCAGUCCAUACGAUUGAACAGCUCGUCGCACAAGCGUCCACGAGGGUCGCUCGUCGACACACCGGUGCGGACGGGGUCAGUCAGGGCGUCAAAAUUGGCGAGACCAAAUUUGAUCGCACGAUUAUGCUCAAGCGGUUGGCCGAUUCGCGCAAACUCGUCACGGGCUUGAGUCGACUGUUGGCGCCUAAGCUUGAGGUCAUUAAAGGGUUGAGGAAGAGGACCAAGGAGGAGAACUUGGCCAUGUUCAGGGGUGCGGAGGGCAAGCAUGAUAUUGCUAUUUACUUUGGGGACUUGUUUGGUGAGUCUCGGCGGUGGUCAAUCCCCGAUCGUGGUGUGUCCUUGGCAGCUGACACUGAGCCAUGCGCACCUCAGAUCAUAUCGCGGCGAUGCAGCAGUCGUUGAUCUUUUACGACGCCAUCCUGUCGCACGACCACCCAGCCUACAUCGGCCUCCUACGCCUCGCGCUCGCCUCGGCCAAAGGUGGCACCGACCACGGACUAGCCAAGCUCUACACGGUCUCGCUCACGUUCCUUUUUGUUACGAUCAUCACGGGCAUGUUCUCCCUCAACGUCCCCGUCCCCCACAAUGGUGACCGGUACACCCACCUUGGCUCCGAUGGAUUACCAGCUGGCUUUGGUUGGUUCGGCGGAGUGAUCGGGAUCAUGCUCGGCUCGAGUGUGGCGCUGUGGUCGCUCAUCUACCACAUCUUCAAGUCGUCCAAGAAGGCGCACAAGAAGCGGCGUCGUCACCCCAGUAUGGGCACCCAGGGCUCGUAUUGA